CAAUUCAAGGUCCACAUCUGAAGUUCGACUCGCAUGGCAGCCACGAAAGAGCCGAGCUUCCUAUGUACAGUUGGCAAAAUAAGGUCUCGAAACUAAGCCAACAGCUACAUAGUUGGGAAACCCCAGUCUUGGCUUCCGCCCCCUCCUCCCUCUCCGCCCCCUCCGAUCACUGCGGCAAUAGAUGUAAGCCUUUCCUAGGGUAUAGCCCUCAAUAAAGCGUUUAAAUUGUCUUUCUGUGUUUGGAUGAAUGAGAGCUCCGUUACGUUACACUUGGCCUGAUGAUGGCUGAUAUGCGUAUUGCCGCAAGUUUGCGCAAAUUGAGCUGUGCAGGUAAUUUUGACACGCUUUGGAGUGUCAAGUGUGCAAUUUUCUGUUUGCACUUCGCCAGCUUCACGUAACGCCUGGAAUCUGAAAUGCAAAUUACGCUCUGCCUUAUCAGCGUAGCCAUUAGCUGCGAAAGGGAGUGCAGGCUCCAACAAACUACGCAGCUGUAUCGACCGCACCGAUCUAACAUUGACACAGUUUUUAGGCAAUUGCACUUGUUGUCGGCUCGACCAGAGCCACCUAAUGUAAGACAAUAAACAUUUUCCGAGCCAUUUGGCGGGCCGGUAAAACGGCCAGGGCUUUGGAAAAAUUCCGAUGUGGCAGAAGCAUUCUGUUUGGACAAUUGCGGCCGACAACACGCUCCCGGAAAACCCCAAUACCUUGGAACUGGAACUGGAGCAACCAUGUGCUGGCCACUGAUCUGUUUGCUUUCCGCCCUCGUGCUGCCGCCUUCGGAGGCCCAGUUCUACCCCUUGGCUGGACCAGACCCCCCUCCAGUUCCUCGCCUGGUCCUCUACAACCCCCUCAGUGGCCAGCAACUGGAGCCUCUGCGCUACACCGCCUUUCUGCGACGCGCCAGGCGACAGCCCGUGAACGGGAACAUCGUGGAGCUGCCGCAGCUCUGGCAGCCGUGCUCCUGCGCCGAGUUCGCCUGCCGCUGCUGCCUGGGCUUGUCCCUGGGAUUCGGGGAGGCCCUCAACCAGCGGCUGUGCGCCGCCCUCGAGUACAGCCGGGUGGACCUGGGCCUGCGCCUCAGCGUCGAGCUGAACCAGCGCCAAGUGGCCAACUUCGGGUUCUCGGCCCGCAAUCCGCCCGACUACUGCGUCCCGCUGCUCCUGCCGCUCCCGCUCUUCAGCUGCCUGCGGCUCUACGACAUCCGGUCCUUCGGCGAGGGUAACCUGCAGGUCUGCCUGUCGGUGGUCUUCAAGGUCCUUGCCAGCCAGUUCUUCGAGUACCGGUUGAACUGCCUGCGCUUCGGCGCCAACGGGGUGUUCUUCGUGCGCGACGCUCUGCAGGAUCAGGACACCGUGGAGCUGGAGUCCGAAGGAGGGGCGGUGCAGGAAACGUCUCAAAAACGUGGGAAUGUGCUCAAUAAUAAACUGGCCGAUGGGAGCAGCUUUAGUUAGUACGCCCCACAAUAUUUCUCCUUCUUUUUCUCACUUGCUAUUAUUCACCAUGAUCCAUGCAUGCCUCCAUCCAUUACACGUUAAGUGAAAAAGUGAAAUUUUUGUUAAUUAAAAACCAUUUUAUUCGAAGCCCCCGCCCAGCAGC